AUGACAUCAUCGUCCACAAAAAAUGUUUUUGUUCUAGUCACUCUUUCCGCGCUACUAGUAGGCGUCUCCCAAGUCCAAGCGCUGCGCGCCACCGAGGUGCAGAAAGCAAGCGACGGCAUCAAGCAGCGGCCAGAUUUCAAGAACGUUCACGACCUGAUCGACAAAUACUUGAAAUCGCUCAUCCCGCUCACCGACAUCACCAUACUAAUCCCCGCCAACAUCUUCGUUCUACGAAACUACAACUCGGACCAGCAGACGGCCAUUCUCUCCUUCAACACCAUCACCACGCGCUACCUCUACCGCAACCUCACGGACCUUCCCGGCGGCACGCUGCUCGACACUCUCGAGGGAACGCAGGUCACCAAGCGCGGCCCCAACUUCCAGCCGUUCGUCGCCUUCAAGGGCCCCGCCGCGCUGCCCACCGUGCUCGCCGUGCCAAACCUGUGGGUGCGGCAGUCCCAUCUCCGGUACCGAGCCACGGAUGUUGACGAUUCGGGUGUUCGUGAGGUGCUGCACAUUGAAGCCGUGCUCCUCGAUGGGCCGCGCAACUGCGCUGGUGAUGCGAUGCGCCUCGUGGAUAGUGAGGAUGAGUGUGUUGCGAUCACGGCUGGAAUGCACUCCAUUAACCGUCUCCACAAAGUCCGUGAACACCUGCGUCCCAAACAGCAAACCUCGCGUGCAGUUGGCACAGAGAAAUGUGCAGUACGCAUCAUCCGGACUACCCGCAGCAUGUACUAA